UUCCAAAAAUGGAGUGGAUGUUUUUCAGGUUUUCUGCCUUCAUGGGAGUAUGAUAAUAGCUUGUGGUUGCGUGGGGGAGGUGGCGAAGAAAGAUCGGGGGGUAUGAAAGAGAGCACCUCCGCUGAAGAGAUUCCAAGCAUUGGGCCGCGUCACGAGGGGAUGCAGAGUGGGCUUCUGUGCGCGCCACCUGCAGGCGUGGGAGUGAGUAGGUGCCCAGACCAAGGGACAAGAGCCUUGCAGGCUGGGGUCUCUGUGCAUGCGCGGAGCUGAUACGGAGCAGUUCGACGAUCACUACGCGUGCGCUGGGCUCGGAACUUGGACUCGGUGAACCGUUUUGCUCAGGCGUUGGUCAGUGACACAACCCCCUGCCAGAUGAAGUUGAAGGUUGAGGUCAGGAUGAAUGGCAGAGGGUCCCUUGAAGGUGAUGAUCCCAAAGAACCUGACGAUGGAGAAAGUGGUGGAGAAGAACCCCUGGUGGAGCUGGGAGGCCAAAACCAGCCACCUGACUGUUGGACACAGCACCACACGGCGGUGGUGGUGCCCUACUAUGGGCAAGCUGAGCACCUGCAGCACCUGCUUUUCCAUCUGCACCCCUUCCUGCAGCGCCAGCAACUGCACUAUGCCAUCUAUGUGGUGAACCAGCCCCACCUGCUCUUUGGCUGCUACCACAUGCUGGAGGAGGGGAAAGACCUUGGCCACCAGCAGAGCUCCCAGAGGCCUGGCCUUCUGGCUCAGAUCCACCAAAGGUGGCAACAUAAUGGCAUCAACUCGCUGGGCUACAGGCUGCUUUCCAAGGAAAAGUGGCCCCUCUACACCAACCUCACCGUGGACAUCAACUUCUAAGCCCCAGGAGGCCAAGUACCAAGCUGAAGGGUAUCUGGAGGCCAGAACGGAGCCCCUGAGGCCAGGGUUGCAGGGCUGCCCUCCCAUCUAACCCACAUGGUUUCUUAUUAAAGGAGAGUUUAUUUUA